AUGACCGUUCUCGGCCCGAUUCCCAAGGAGAUCCAUCUCGUCAAGGUCGGCUCGGCCGUGGAGCCCACGGAUGUGCCGCUCUUCCAGCCGCUGACCAUCCGCAGCGUCACCUUCAACAACCGUAUCUUUGUCUCGCCAAUGUGCCAGUACUCGGCUGUUGACGGCCACUGGAACAAUUGGCACCUGGUCCAUGUCGGCCAGCUCGCCACCCGCGGCGCUGGUCUCAUCAUUUUGGAGGCCACCGGCGUCGUCCCUGAGGGCCGAAUCAGCCCAAACUGUACGGGGCUCUGGAAAGACGAACACCAGCACGAGCUCGCCGAGAUCGCCGAGUAUGUCCAUUCGCAGGGAUCGCUCCUCGGCGUCCAGCUCGCCCACGCUGGCCGCAAGGCUUCCUGCUACUCGCCCUUCUCGCCUUACUCGCGCAGAGGCUGGAACACCGUCGCAGCCAAGGAGCACGGCGGUUGGCCCGAUGCCAUCAUCGGCCCCAGCAGCAUCCAGCACUGGGACGAGGCUGGCACCCCCAAGGAGGCCACCAAGGAAGACAUUGCCCGCGUCGUCAAGGCCUUUGGCGAUGCUGCCCGUCGAGCCCAUCUUGCCGGCAUCGAUGUUAUUGAGAUCCACGGCGCGCACGGAUACCUGAUCAACAACUUUUUGUCGCCCCUGUCGAACCAGCGCACCGACGAAUACGGCGGCUCCUUCGAAAACCGCAUCCGUCUGCUGCUCGAGGUCGUCCGGGCCGUCCGCGCCAACUGGCCCGAGAACAAGCCUGUCUUCCUGCGCCUGUCGUGUGUCGACUGGGUCGAGGGCGGAUGGACCGAGGACGAAACCGUCCGGCUCGCCCCGAUCCUGUUUGAUCUCGGCGUGGACCUGCUCGACACUUCCUCUGGCGGCAACCACCCGGCCCAGAAGCUGCCCUACCAUGUCGAUGCCUGGAACGCGCCCUUCUCGGAGAGGGUGCGCAAGGCCGUGCCGGGCCUCCUGACCGGACCCACCGGCAAAAUCACCGGCGCCAACCAGUCCAACGAUAUCAUUGCCUCGGGCCGGGCCGACGUUGUCUUUCUCGCCCGCGAGUUCCUCCGCAACCCCAACUUUGUGUUGAACGCGGCCAAGGAGCUCAACGUGAAGGUGCACUGGCCUCCGCAGUAA